AUUCAAAUCCGCCCCUGCACUAUCGCCAAUCAAAGUUAAGCUAAGUUAAAGCUAGCGGAAAGUAAUAUAAGUGUGUGAUCAGAAACCAUUCAGUACGAGUCGCCAUGGAUGUCAAACUAGCGCUUCUCAUCCUUGGCCUGCUGGCACUCCUGGACACAACCGUCAAAGCUGAUUAUAUCUGGCACUACGAUGAGAUACCAUACCAAUCGACGGCGACGUGCAAACGGGGUGCUUCAUACUACAGCAACAGCAUCACCGCUAACGAUACUGACAUCAACGUAGCUAGCGACAUCGACUCCCUUCUGGACUAUUCCAACAAGGACAUCUGCUUCUUCUGCGUUUGUUCCACCGACGGCAGGCGCACGGGCUGCAUCAGCAGAAACCCGUGGUUCUGCGAGUACUACAGAAUCAUUCGUGAUCCCCGCGCAAUCAAAGAUCGGUACCACAAGCUGUUUCAACAGGACCGACCGGAUUACUUUAGACAGAUAUCGUACAGGUUGAGAAGGACUUUGGAUGAUGGACUUUUUACAUUUUAUGAUGCUGUGGGUGAGGAUGUUUUAAACAACAGUGAAUGUGUUCCGUUUGUCUCUGAGUAUUCUGAUUGCACUGAAGCGAACUACUGCUCAGGCUGCAACAGAUGCACUUGCACAGCUGAGGGUCAGUGGUCAUGCCGGGAAGUGUUCAUGUGCCCCGUUGACGAAGAAGAGGUGCCUUCCGACCAGGACACCGUCGUCACUGCCCUGGGCAACGUGCAGUCGUUUCUUGAAAUGAAGAAGAAGCAGAAAAAGUCUCGUGCGAUUAUUGCACCGCCGCCAAAUGCAAACGAUGAACUGAUAGAACAAAAUUCUCAUGAGAAAAAUUUUGAAACUUGGUUUUCGAGGCAGAAAAGAUCAAUAAAAGAAGAUUCUGGGGCGAAAAGUAAGGAGGACACCACAGUAAAAUUCUUUCAUACCGUCGAUGAAAUGAACGAAGAUACUCUAAAAACUUCUAAUAAUUCAGGAACUAUCACGGCUCAAAAGAUACAAACGAAUCAAAUACCAAAAAUGUCUCGAAGGACUAUUUUAUCAGACAAUUUUAAUAAAUCUGCAUCAAGUUCUCUGCAUAUUGAAUAUAAUCAACCACAGGAUUAUGACCCUCACAUCGCAGCAAAUAAAAUAGAUGCAGCUUCUCACGUUAUCAACAAGAUAGAUGAAAAAGAACUUCAGAAACUUAUCGGUAAUUAUUCACAGAGUACAAAAGACAAAAAUUUGUCUAAGCUUGUAGUAAAUGAACUAAAAGUGGGGGAUGAAGUGAUUGGUGAUAAAAAUGUUUCACCAACGUCAAACAUAACUUUUACGCCUGAAAAUGACACCUUAACAGCGAUGGCAUUUAUUGCUGGUAAUCUUUUGAGUAAACUGUGGGAUAUGGAGAAAGAUGCCGGUGAAGGUUCUGUUGAAACUGAAGUACUCAAACAUGAAAAAAUAAACGAUUUGAUAGAAUUAUUUAAGGAACCGCUUAGUAUAAGGCAAGAAACUUUCCUCAAGAAUGCCUUAGAAAAAUUAUCUGAAUCUCUUAACAAAAAGCAGAGUGUGAAAAAUGUUACAAUUUGCGAAACAAUCACAAAUUCCGAUACAUUUCACGAUAAUGACGAAAAGGGUGAUAUAAAUAACAUGGGAAGAGUUAAAUAUAAUAAAAUAAAAUGCCCACAAACAGAGCAAAUAAAACAAAUAAAUGAAAAAGAAAACCAAUAUAAUAUAACAGUAGGCGUAAUAUCGAAAUUAAAUAAUGUGUUAGCUUUGGUUAAAAAAUUUGAAAGUGUUCAGAAAAACUUAGACGAUAGUAAACAUCAAACAUCCACCGAGCAAAAUGUCAAACGUGUUAUUGAUGUGGAUAAAAAUCCUUCAUUUGAAUUAUUUGGAACCUUAUUAGAUAAAAUCACAAAAUUGCUAAUUCCAAAUAGAAGCAGAAGUAAAAAAGUGACACACAAAUUGAAAAAUUCUUAUCAAUUCACAAACAAAAGCAGUGUUCGUAAUAUUUUCGAAAAUAAAUUUAAUAUAAAUUUAGGUAAAAUAAACUUGACGACUAUAGACAAGUUAGUUUUAGAUUAUCUUAAUCACAUUGAAAGUAAUCCAAGUUGUUUAUUUAGAACUAAUAUACAAAAAAACACUGAUAGUGUUAUGGAUACUGAGGGAAAUAUACUAUAUAAUUUAUCAGAGUUUUUUAAAAUAAAAUCAUUCGUUGAUUUGAUGAAGUUAGCAAACCCGGAGACUACAACCAAACGGGAAAUUAAGGCAAAAACUGAAAUCCCUGACGAAACAACAACUUUAAGCAGCUUGACUGAUGGUGUGACGCAAACAAGACGUACUAAAGAAAAACUUAAAGCACAUUUAAAAGCAUUUAUUGAUGAUUUACAAGAACUUCAAAAGGAGCAUGGUAUAAAUAAUGUUAAAAAUGUUAAUAUUAUGGAUGUUCUGCCAUGUAUUUACAAAAUUCUAAAUAGUAGUAAAGUUUUAAAUGAUCAAGGUUCACAGAAACUGAAUGUAACUCAAGUUACACACUUAGACAGACUGAAAAAUCUGAUAGAUACGUUAAAAAUUGAAUUUAUGUCUAACUUAUCUACACGAAGAAGUAAUAGGUUUGUGCCUCAGGAAAUGACAAAAUCAGCAAAAAUAUGGCAGAGAAUGAUAAAGAAUAUUAACAGUGUUCAGAAAGAUACACGCAGAAAUUUUAAUACAGAAAAACCUAAGACCUAUGAAGAAUUAAAAGACAUUAUGGAAAAAGUUGAACUUAUGGGUAAUACUUAUAAAAAUUUUGCAAUUUUUUCUCAAAUACCACCCCACAAACGGUUAAUGUUAUUGAAAACCUUAGAAGCAGAUACAAAACAACAGUCAUUUGCUUUAGCAAAUAUUAAAAAAUCAAUGGAAGUGCUUGAUAGUGUACCUCUGGAAAAAAGUAAUGAAAUCAAAGAAUUUAUUGAAAAUGUAAGAAAUAAUCUGAAACUAAGCACUAAAGUAUUGAAAAGUGUUGAAGAUGGAAAACAAAAUAAAAAUGAAAAGUCUGCAAGACAAGUAUUAUUUACUAAAGCAAAUAAUCAGGCAUUAAAGUUACCAAAACCUUUAAAUCUACAUAAGGAUGGCGUUGAGUAUAAAAAUAACAAUAUAAAGCUAAGUAGAGGUCAAAUUUUGAAUCAACUAAUGAUUAAUCGUGUACUUUUUUAUUUGAAGUCAAAAGAGGCCUCUGGUACAGAUCUCAGCGACGAUAUAAAUUAUAAUAUUGGAAAAAGGAUUUUAUUCUAUAUUCAAAGCGGAAAUUUGAAUAUUGCAAAAGAGCUAUUUAGAAUUUUUAUAGCUAAUAAACAACGAGAAGAAAAGCAAAGAAUAAAAGACUCACCAGCGACUGGUAAUCAUUCCAGAAAAAUAGCACCUUUAAUAGCAGCCCUAAAUGGACCAAUAACAAAUUUUAAUGGAUCAGGAAAAGAAAUGGAUGUGCAGAUCAGGGAAGAUUCGUUCAAACCGUUAUUUUAAAACAGUUAACUUUAUAUUUUAAAAUUUAUUGUUUGUCUAUGU